GAGACUCGAACCCUGGACCCGUCUCCUGCGAGUACGUCUCCUGCGCGUACGUCUCCUGCGCGUACGUCUCCUGCGCGUACGUCUCCUGCGAGUACGUCUCCUGCGGGUACGUCUCCUGUGCGUAUGUCUCCUGCGAGUACGUCUCCUGCGAGUACGUCUCCUCCAAUAAACCUUUCAAUCAUUUCUCGACUAAAAUAACACUCCGAAACAUCAGUGUUCAUCUUUAUUCUCACGGUCACAGUCUUAGUCCGCAGUAUUCUCACGGUCACAGUCUUAGUCCGCAGUAUUCUCACGGUCACAGUCUUAGUCCGCAGUAUUCUCACGGUCACAGUCUUAGUCCGCAGUAUUCUCACGGUCACAGUCUUAGUCCGCAGUAUUCUCACGGUCACAGUCUUAGUCCGCAGUAUUCUCACGGUCACAGUCUUAGUCCGCAGUAUUCUCACGGUCACAGUCUUAGUCCGCAGUAUUCUCACGGUCACAGUCUUAGUCCGCAGUAUUCUCACGGUCACAGUCUUAGUCCGCAGUAUUCUCACGGUCACAGUCUUAGUCCGAAGUAUUCUCACGGUCACAGUCUUAGUCCGCAGUAUUCUCACGGUCACAGUCUUAGUCCGAAGUAUUCUCACGGUCACAGUCUUAGUCUGCAGUAUCCUCACGGUCACAGUCUUAGUCUGCAGUAUCCUCACGGUCACAGUCUUAGUCCGCAGUAUUCUCACGGUCACAGUCUUAGUCCGCAGUAUUCUCACGGUCACAGUCUUAGUCUGCAGUAUUCUCACGGUCACAGUCUUAGUCCGAAGUAUUCUCACGGUCACAGUCUUAGUCAGCAGUAUUUACGUUUCACUACUGCGUGGGCGUCUCGUGGUAAAUAA